AUGGCUGCAUCCAUCUACAUAGUUACCAGUAUAAUUUUGCUAAGUUUUCUUGAUUUUAUAAGUUGCCAAGCUGUGCCUAUCAAAGUUUGUGGAUCUGGAGCUCCAGGAUAUGACGUCGGGAACCUAACUGCCAGAAUUUGGACGUUUGAAGGAAAGAAUCAGAAUUGUCUACCAGUAAACAACACUAUUCCACCAACAUGUGUGUUCUAUAUGGGAUUAUGUCAACGCCUCCAGAUGCCACCCAUCUGUUCUGAUUCAUCUGUAUGCCAAUCAAGUCCAGCCAAUUCCACGUUUUAUAAAUUAGCAGCCUAUUCUUCAGAUCCAUUUUAUCUUUAUACUGUGCCACCAGGAUUUACAACAAAAUUUGAAGGAGGGGAGAUAAUCAACUCAACUGGUACUGGAGGUAAAACAUGUCAGCUACAGACCCAAAUUAAUUUUCAGUGUAAUUCCAACAGCUUCUGGCCGAAAGAUUCACAGAGUUCUUUAAUACCACAUUCCCCUAAAAUAGUUUAUGAUGCUUCCAAAUGCAGUUAUAACAUAACAUUUGAUUAUGCUGGGGCGUGUUUAAAAAUAGAGCCAUCAACUCCUGUCACACAGCUUAGUGGGGGUACAGUUUUAAUUAUCAUAUUUGUGGUAUCAUUAUUUACCUAUUUUACAUUUGGUGCAAUAUUGAAACUAGCACGAGGCCAUCACGGGAAGGAUGUUAUACCAAACAGUGAUUUCUGGAUGAUGUUACCAGUCUAUGUUGCUGAUGGUAUAUUAUUUACAAUAAGGUGUGGUAAAGUCCCACAAAGAGAUUAUGAUCCCAUUGAAUAGCAUUUCCUAAUCCAUCUAUAAUCCUUUUUAAUCUAAUCAUCUUUUAUACUUAAUACUUUUGAUUGUCAUCCAAUCCUGUACCAAUAUCAUGAUUAUCCUUGAUCAGCACUAAAUUAUUGAUAAUUUUUGAUCCAUUCCUAAUGGUAAUCCAAAUGGGAAUUGUUUUUAGCUAAGCUAAUCAGUGAUAGUGUUCACAGUUCACCGUGGGAAUUUUAGCGUUCAUAUCCAUGUGUGUCCAGAAUUAUCCGCGUUUGAAACUUAAUAUGAUGAUUGAGGUAUUUUUGAAGGAAUUAUGCAAAUUUUGUAC